AUGAAAUAUGAGGAGAUUUACUUAUGCUGGCAGAGUUCGAAAGAUCAAGGUUAUGUAACACAGCGAAGGAGGACUCGAAUAGUCAUGGCAUAUGGCAAACGUAGUAGGGAUGAAGAUAAGCUGGACACCGAAGCGCAUUUUGGAAAGAGAGCUCGAGGAACGUUGCAUCCUUCACAUCACAAUGACGACAUAAAUAAUACACAACGUGGUGGUGCAAGUAAAAGUGGCAAAGGACUUGACGUUGAUAUCCACCCAUUGUUGCGAUCAUUGGACACAACAGGACCCGGUACUCAAACCAAGGGGCAAGGUAUCAAGAUAAAGAAAUGGUUUGACCCGACGGCUUACAACCCUUAUAUCAACGACUCAAAUUCCAUCUCCACCCAUAGACCUAAGCCAUUAAAGUUUAAUAAACAAGGCAAAUAUAUAGAACAGGGGCUGAAAUUAAGGGAGAAACUAAAGGCAGAAGAGGAAGAGAGAAGGAAGCACCAAGAAUUAGAGAGCAAGGGUUUAGUUCCUGACUUUAGCUUAAACGAAGAACUGUAUCAGGCAUCGUAUCCUCCUUUGAUAGAAUGGUGGGAUAGGCCAUAUUUACGAGAUAACAGCUAUGCAAAAAUAGACGACGAGAGCCGAAGAAUACUAGACAACGAUGACAUGCCCAUUACGUCAUACAUCCAACAUCCAGUAUUGAUACAGCCCAUCUGGCUUGAAACUGCUCAAACUGAUAUCAAGCCCAUGUUAUUGACGAAAAAGGAGCGGAAACGUUUAAGAAAGAACGACCGACAGAUACGGCACAAGGAAAUGCAGGAUAGGAUCAAACUCGGAUUAGAGCCACCACCAGAACCAAAAGUGAAGCUAUCAAAUUUGAUGAACGUAUUGACAAAUGAGGCGAUACGGGACCCAACUGCUGUUGAAAAUCGAGUAAAGCAGCAAGUGGAAGAGAGAUUACACAAACACCUUGCAGGUAAUGAAGCCCGCAAGUUGACGAAAGAAGAGAAGCACGCGAAAAUGUACUCUAAGCAAGAGCAAGAUCUCGCCAAGGGAAUUUUUACGACUGUUUACAGAAUCAGUAACCUAGAGAACCCACAGCAUCUGUUUAAAGUGGAUAUCAAUGCCAAACAGGAUAAUUUGUAUGGAAUAUGCUUGAGAAACCCAAACUUUAACUUGGUUAUUGUUGAAGGUGGAGAAAAGUCCAUCAAUCAUUAUAAAAAGUUGUUGAUGAAUAGGAUCAAGUGGAAUGAAACUACAACAGAGGGCGCAAGUGGAGAAAAGCUAGAGGAAACAGGUGCAGGUGCAGGUGCAGGUGCAAAUGAAGAUGCAACUACUGAAGCUACUGCCAAUGACCACAUACAAGAGAAUAAGUGCAUUAUAAUCUGGGAAGGAAGACUUCUGAAGCUAAACUUCCAAAAGUGGAGCUUUAUGUAUUCACAGAAUGAUGAAGAGGCAAUCAAUGUCCUUAAAAAGUUUGGAUUGGAAAAUUAUUGGAGAUUAGCAAAGAGUAAGUAG